GAUCUUUAAGUAUGUAAAUGUGUGUGGGAGAUUUUUAAUCUGCACACAGAACUGUUCCGAUAAAAUUCCUCAAUCGGUUCUCCGUUUAUGGACCCUCUUCAUUUCGGCCCACAUGAAGAAUGGAUUUCCAGCUGAAUCUUUAGAUCUUUACAAGAAAUUCCGGAAGAAAGAUGUCGAACCUGAUAAACUGUUUGAAUGUACUGAGAAGGAGAGAUUGGUGUUUGAUGGGAUAGAGUAUAAAGAUGUCGUUUCUUGGACUUUAAUGUUCUCUUGUUAUGUUGGCCGUGGGUCAACAACAAUUGUCAUUGUCUUCAUUCUUACCGGCUUGUGUAGAGCUCGGGGAUUAGAUAUCGGGAGAGAUAGAUCCAUGAAUCGGCUCUCAGGAGAUGUAGCUUGUAUGACUGCCCUUGCUCUUAUGUAUGUGAAAUGUGCUGGCCUAGAAUGUUCACUGCGAGUCUUUGACACGGAAGCUAGGCCUAGGCUCUAUCAUUCUUUAAUAGAAUGCUGGAAUCAGGAGCAAACCCAAAUCUGUAACCGAAUUCAAUUAGUUGUUCUACCACUCUUAGCUUCCAUGGCGAUUAGCUUGCUCUACUUGGCUAAAUUCGUCUUCGUUGGACUACGCCGUCUCCUUCAGUUUCUGAAGAAAUCGGAGAAGCCUAGAAUAACUCAGCCUCGUAUUCCUCUUUCUGAAGCGGAGGAUUCGCCGUCUCGGUCUCUGUGGAAGUACGACGUCUUCCUUAGCUUCAGAGGAACAGAUGUUCGGAGAAGUUUCGUCAGCCAUCUCUAUGAGGCUCUCAAUAACGAAGGAAUCAAAACCUUCCACGACGACAGAGAACUUCAAAAAGGCAAUUUCAUCUGGGAGGGACUUGAGAAAGCGAUUGAUCAGUCACGAUUCGCCAUCCUUGUAAUUUCCGAGGACUACGCAACCUCUCACUGGUGCUUGGAAGAGAUUUCAGCUUUAGUCGACUUAGCUGAGAAGAAACGCCUUGAAUUGAUCCCUAUAUUCUAUGGCAUUGAUCCGUCAGACUUGAAGAGACGAAGCGGGUGCUUCAACAAAGCUUUUGAGAAGCAUGAGCAGAGGUUUGAUCUGGAGACGGUGGAUAUAUGGAGAAGGGCUUUGGCUCAAGUUGGAAAAAUGUCUGGCUGGAACUCCAAAAGCAGGAAUGAGGACUCAGAGCUUGUACAUGAAAUUGUUCAAGAUCUUUCUGACAGAUUAUCUUCACAUAUAUCAGACGGCACAGCUGAAUUGUAUAUGGAUAGAGCGAAAAAGGUACUGGACUCCUUUGUCUUUAAAUCUGAACCAAGGCUAGUAACUCUGAUGGAGAAGUCUCUGAUUGGUAUGUCAAAAAGUAGGAGGCUAUGGGUUCAUGAUUUACUUCAAGACAUGGCCAAGGAUAUCAUUUGUGAAGGAAAAAAGGAAAAACCAUGGAAGCGUAAAAUGCUGUGGAACUUUUUGGAUAUCAAAGGCUUGUUCACUGAAAAGAUGGGAACUAAAGACAUCCAGGUUGAAAGUAUAUUGCUCAAUAUGGCUGAAGGAACAGAGCUUUGCAUUAAUCCUGCAACGUUUAAGAGGAUGUUCAAUCUCAAAUUUCUUAAAAUUCAUAAUAAUUUCGCUGUUGGUGGGAGCAAAUUGUGCAUGACUGACUAUCUAGUUGAACUCAAUCUCCCUGAUAGUUCAGUUGAAACACUAUGGAGCGGAACUAAGGACCUUCGAAGCACCAUUGGGAGUUUGGAGUCUCUCAGACAUCUGGGGCUUGCUUACUGUCCCAAUGUCACCGUAUUUCCAGUGCUUGGAAAUGGAAUAGAAACACUAUCCUUAAAUGGUACAGCGAUAGAAGAAGUGCCAUCUUCGAUAGGUGACAAGCUGAAUCUCAUGUCUCUUGACAUGUCAGAGUGCCAGAGGCUCCAGAAUCUCCCUCACACGUUGAGCAACCUGAAAAACCUGAAGUUGCUUUAUCUCCGUGGAUGCACCAAUAUCACUGAGCGCCCACAUGUUGCAGGGGAAAUGAGAAGAUUGGAUUUAUAUGGGACCUCAAUAGAGAAAUAUGGCUUUCUCUCUGAAGAAGAAACGCUUGAGUUGCGCAAUCGUGAUAUAGACUUAGUGAAGGCGUUUCUCACUCUGUAUGCCCGGAAAUACAAGAAAAACCGUAACUCAAGGUAGUAUGCUCAUCUGGAUUUCGGUUUGAUCCCGACUCGGGCUUUUCCCUUUAUG